GCCUCUCCAGCGCUCCUGCGCCCCACAGCCCGGCGACAUGCGGGGAAUCCUCUUCCCCACUCUCCUCCUCACCGGGCUGGCACAGUUCUGCUGCAGGGCACAGGGCACUGGGCCUUUAGAAAGGACUCCUGAAGGAGGGCCAGGAGAAGCAUCAGAAGUGCAUGCGCGUAAACAGGUUUGUCACUGGCCCUGCAAAUGUCCUCAUCAGAAGCUCAGUUGCCCACCUGGAGUGAGUUUGGUGAGGGACGGCUGCGGAUGCUGCAAAAUCUGUGCCAAGCAACCAGGGGACAUCUGCAAUGAAGCUGACCUCUGUGACCCACACAAAGGAUUGUACUGUGACUACUCGGCAGACAGGCCUAGGUACGAGACUGGAGUGUGUGCAUACCUUGUAGCUGUUGGAUGUGAGUUCAACAGGGUUCAUUAUCAGAAUGGCCAAGUGUUUCAGCCCAACCCCCUGUUCAGCUGCCUCUGUGUGAGUGGGGCGAUUGGAUGCACACCUCUGUUCAUACCCAAGCUGGCUGGCAGCCACUGCUCUGGAAGUAAAGGUGGAAGGAAGUCUGAUCAGUCAAACUGUGGCCUGGGACCAUUACAACAGCAGCUCUCAGCAAGCUACAAAACAAUGCCAGCACUCAGAAAUAUCCCACUUACUUGGAAAAGAAAAUGUCUUGUGCAAGCAACAAAGUGGACUCCCUGCUCCAGAACAUGUGGGAUGGGAAUAUCUAACAGAAUAACCAAUGAAAACAGCAAAUGUGAGAUGAGAAAUGAGAAAAGACUAUGUUAUGUUCAGCCUUGCAACAGUAAUAUAUUAAAGACAGUAGAGAUCCCCAAAGGAAAAACAUGCCAACCUACUUUUCAGCUUUCCAAAGCCGAAAAAUUUGUCUUUUCGGGAUGCUCAAGUACUCAGAGUUACAAACCCACUUUUUGUGGAAUAUGCCUGGAUAAGAGGUGCUGCAUUCCCAAUAAGUCUAAAAUGAUUACCAUUCAAUUUGACUGCCCAAAUGAAGGGUCAUUUAAGUGGAAGAUGCUGUGGAUUACAUCUUGUGUAUGUCAGAGAAACUGCAGAGAACCUGGAGAUGUAUUUUCUGAGCUCCAGAUUCUAUAAAACACAUGGUGGGAAAGCCUAAGGUUAGUCAAUUAUGUCACAUAAUCAAAAAACAAAAGUGGUUAUAGAAGGGUGACA